GUUGCUCUUUCAUCAUGGUUCACACUCGAUCAGUCCGAGCUGGUAAUUCAUCUCUGCCUCAUGGGCAAGGUCAACCACCCAACACCCUUCCACCUCUGAUCCCACCUCAAAUCCAACCUCAGCUUCCACCUCAGGUCCCAAUCAUAUUCCCUCCUGUUGAUCAGGCAGAAGGAGGAGAUGAAAACCAACCCCAUAUCUCAGCUCACAAUUCAACUUCCACUGCCAACCAAGACAUGGUGACAGCUCAGCUUGCUGCCAUGCAGCAGCAGUUUGGUGUUUUUCAGUUGGUACUGGCUCAGCUUUUAGCUAGAAAUAAUCCUGGUGAUCCUCUCAUUAAUUUACUAAACCCUGCUCAACAACCCCCAGCUCCACAACAGAAUCCUCAACCGGUUCAAUCUGCUCCCGCUGUUAGUGAAUCUCAGGGUCAAUCCCACAUAGCACCCGCUCAACAACCCAUCCCUGAUGAUGUUACUCGCCGUCUCGAUAGCCUGGAAAAGCUAGUAGCCGAACACCGAGGUGCUCCACCCCCACACCAUGCUGCUAAUUCUAUACCUCACCCUUUGAAUACCAACAUUACUCUAGAACCCUAUCCUGCUGGUUUCAAAAUACCACAAUUGGAGACUUAUGAUGGGACGAAGGACCACGAUGAUCACCUGCAUGCUUUCUACUCUUGUAUGCAAGCUCAGAACGCUUCUGACGCGUUAAUGUGCAAAAUCUUCCCCUCUACUCUGCGAGAAAUGGCAUCUGCCUUUGCCACUAAGUUUUCCAGUAGAAGGUUGAUUAAGAAAACUACUACUGAAUUGAUGCGAGUUAAACAAAGGGACGGAGAGUCUCUAAAGAACUACAUGAGCAGGUUCAAUGAUGCGGUGUUGGAGGUUAAUUCCUUCGACCAAGCUGUGGGCAUCGCAGCUGUAAUCUCUGGUCUCAAACAUGACAGGUUCCGAGACAGUUUGAUCAAACAUGCUGCCACCACCUUUAGCGAGGUAAACGACAGAUCUCUGAAAUUCAUAACUGCUGAGGAAUAUGCCCUGGCGCAAAACCCACCUUCCUCUAAGAACCAGAACCCAAAAUGGAGAGAUGACAAUCCGAGCGGGAAAAGGAUGAGAAUGGCGCAGAACCGAGGUCCGAUGUUGACCUCCCCAACGAGAUUCGGAAGGACGAACUCAACACCUCCGCAACAAUCUACAGGUAAACCUCCAGUUAAUUGGACUCUCUUUAAUCUGCCGAGGUCACAAAUUUUUAUGCAGAUCAAGAAUAAAAUGGAUUUAAGGCGUCCUGGCCCGAUGAAAACUGCUGCUGCCAGUCGAGAUCACACCAGAUAUUGUGAUUUUCAUCAAGAUCAAGGCCAUACUACAGAGCAGUGUAACAGUUUAAAGUCCGAACUGGAAAAUUUAGCUCAGAAGGGAAUGCUAAACGAGUAUGUUCAGAAAACUGAACAGCCUAGGUUUAUCAGAAAACAGAGGCCGCAGCCUCAAGGAGUCCGCAAUCCUCCAAAUAGGCAAGGUGUAGGAUAUCAGCAAGCCCCACCUCCACUCCCACCACUAGCUAGAAUCAUACAUAUGAUUACGGGAGGCCUUGAAGCAGGUGGACUGAGCUCUAAGCAGCGAAAGCUGUAUGUCAGGGAGGUUAAACAUCAAAACCGAGCUCAGAAGCGGAAGAUUGACGAUGCUGAGUGGAAAAAUCAGCCCAUUACUUUCACGUCUGCUGAUCUCGAUACAGUUGUCACACCCCACAAUGAUCCCUUGGUCACUUCUGUCAUGAUUAACAACUGUGAAGUACAGCGUGUCCUUGUUGACACCGGGAGUGCACCAGACGUCAUGUACUUCCACUGUUUCGAGAGUCUGGGAUUAGAUCCAGCAUUGUUGCAAAAAUAUGAUGGUCCUAUCUAUGGUUUCAACAACCAACCUGUUCCGGUAGAAGGAGUUCUUACUCUACAUGUGGCUUUUGGGAGUGGCAGGACCUAUGUGACCCCGUCGGUCUGGUUCCUCGUAGUAAAGAUGGUGUCCUCUUUCAACAUUGUUAUUGGCCGACCCACACUGACUGAAAUCCGAGCUGUAGUUUCCCAGUCUCACCUCUGCAAAGCUCAGACACUCGAGGCCAUUCCCCAGCAAAUUCCUGAUAAUCAACAAGUUAUGGGUGUUGAAAUCGUAGAUAAUCGACCAGAAGAUGAAACCAGAGCUGCUCCGAUCGAAGAUGUUGAAGAAGUGCUCAUUGAUGACAGAGAUCCGAGCCGAAAGACACAGAUCGGAACUAGAUUGAACCCAGAGGAAAGGGCAGAGCUAAUAGCUUUUCUUCAAGCUAAUAAUGAUGUAUUCGCAUGGACUUCGGCAGACAUGCCAGGAAUUCCAAAUUCAGUCUCUCAACAUAAGCUUAGCACCAAUCCAUUGAAGAAACCAGUGGCCCAGAAGCGGUGUCUCUUUGGGGGUGAGAGGCUUCAGGCUAUUAAAGACGAGGUAGAGAAGCUCUUAUAGGCUGGUUUUGUCAGGAAAGUUGAUUACUG